UCAAUUAUUCUAAACCAAAAACAAUUCUAAAGCAAUGGCAAAACAAAUAUUCUACGCUCUCUUUCUAGUUCUCUUAUCCUUCACGACAACGUCCUCAGCCGCGGUCACGGUAGGAGCUUCGAAACGCGCAGUGAACUUCGUACAAGCCUCUUGCAAAGCCACCACAUACCCAACCGUAUGCGUCAACUCUCUCACAAGCUACGCAAACUCCAUCCAAACAAGCCCUCGACGUCUAGCCGAGACCGCACUAACCGUGACCGUGAGCCAGGCCCAGUCCACGAAGCUCUUCGUCUCCCGCUUGGCACGUUUCAAGGGUCUCAAGAAACGAGAGGUACAAGCCAUUAGGGACUGUGUUGAGGAGAUCAAUGACACCGUUGACCGUUUGACCAAGUCGGUCCACGAGAUGAAGAUGUGUGGUAGUGCUAAAGGUCGUGACCAGUUCUGGUUCCACAUGAGCAAUGCUCAGACUUGGACCAGUGCUGCUUUGACUAAUGCAAACACUUGCUCCGAUGGGUUCGCGGGUCGGGUCAUGGAUGGCCGGAUCAAGAACUCGGUCCGGUCACGGAUCGUGAACUUGGGUAGAGGAACCAGCAACGCCUUAGCCUUAAUCAAUGCCUUUGCUAAAAAAUACUAAAUAAAUACUACAUUUUUCUUUGUUCUUAAUUAUGUAAGUUAAUACGAAUGUGCAUGUGGAAUCUUGCUUGAUUCUUGAAUUGUUUCUUGCAAUUGCGAAUCUCAAGUUUUUCUGGAUAAAAUUUUGAUUUUAAGGAAUAUAUAUACAACUUUUGUUUAAGUUAA